AUGCUCCUCUUAAUAUUCCUAUCAUUGCUCAUAUUACACGUGGCAGAAGCUUCUGAAAAACAAGAUUUUCCAGUGAUUUAUAACCUGUCUCCAGCUACAAUUCUAAGUGCUUUCAAUGAAAAUGUGACAGCAGAAUUCAUGAAUAAAAUGGAUAUUCUACUCUACAACACAAAAAUCCAGCCAAAUUCUAAGAACCAAAUCCUGAUAUCCACUCAAUAUUUUCUAGCCUACAAAACCGAACGAUAUGGGACCAUUGAAUUCCAGGCUCAAUAUUCAGCAAUCCAGAAUCCAGCAGAAGACACGUGUCAAAUCGAAAUCCACGUGUUGUCCAAAAACAGCUCCGAAACUCUGCCAGAUCCAUUACCAGAUUUUAUUUGGCAACAUUUGCGCGAAAAAAUUCAGAAGAAUUACUGUAGCGAGAUUGAGAAGAUCAAGAAUUCCCUAAAAUUUUUGGAUAUUUCAAAUGGUAGCCGAAAAUCCGCGCAUUUCGUCAGGAUACGGUUUAUUGGUCAAAAUGACGAGGAAAAUAUUGAGAUUUCACGGGAUUUUAUCAAUUCCGAGCUCUCGAAACUGUACAAAUUUGCGAAUACAGUAAUCCAUUGGCCAGGGGCCAAAUCGACAUUGGCAAACGAGCCAAAAAUCGACAUUAUGGAAAAUUCUCAAGAAGUUAGGCUAACUACGGUAUUUACUACUGUAGUUUCAACUUUGGAGGGAAAUUUGAAGAAAUCGACCAAAAUUGAAGCUAGGCUUCGAGAUAUUCGAAUUUGGCGUCAUAAUUUGGAGGGAGAAUUAAUGUGGAGUGCAAAAUACGAAGUUUUGAAUCAACCUGAUAUUGGUUUUGAAUUUUCGAAGGCUAAAUUAGAGGUGAGCACAGGGUUUAGAUAGUUUCUAGUGUGAAAAUUCGAAAAGAGCGCGAAAUUCUGACCGGGAAACCUAUUUUGCUGAAAUCAGCGCAAAAUUUUGAUCUAGACAGAUUUUCAACACCAAGUUUUGUAGUUCUCGCGGAGAAGCGAAACAUUUGGGUUGGAAAUUUUUGGUAUGGAAAAUAAGGCUUGUCCUCGAGAACUACAAAUGUUGGUAUGGAAAAUUUCCAAGAUUUUUUCUUCAGAAAAAAGCCCCCGGGUCAAAAUUCCGUGUAGAUUUCAAAAAUCCCACUAAUUUCCCCUCAAAACCAGCCCAAUUUUCAGAAAUUCCUUCACAAAAACAUUCGCGGAACUCUUCCAAUUCAACUCGCCUCAACUGCUCCAAAAUGGAUUUUACCACAUGUUAGUAUUGCGGUGCCACGUGGCAAUUCGCUAUUUUUCCCAAUUUCUCAUGGGCUCUAA